AUGUCUACUAACAACAGCUCCUUCCGUCUUCCCCCCAACUUCCGGCCGACUACGCUGGAGUUGUAUCCUCAGCCAGCGGAAAGCUAUACUGACGCAGUGUGUGAGCAUGAACGCCGCCUCAUGAAGGCACCGUCGGACCAGGUCCGGAAAGAGGUAAAGGGUAUAAUCAAGUACAACUCCAUCCAAGAGGCUCUCGCAGCCCGUCCGCCCACGCCCUCAGGUAACUACCGGCCCAUCAGCUUCGGUCUGCCCCGACACACGCUGCCUGCUGAGACGUCUGCCGACGACGAGACUGCGCUGCAAACCCGCCGCGUCCGCUUUGUCGACCCGGAAAACACUUGUGCCAUAUGUGCCAGCUUUUUGAUCAGACCCUGUGGUGCAAAGGACGCGGACGAGAUGACGCUCGUCGGCAGUGACGAUGACGAUGAUGAAGACGACGACGACGAUGACGGCGAAAAUCCCCACGUGGUCUACCGUGCCGUUGCAGCAGCUUAUCCGCCCGACCCGACCAUGGGGAACUUCGACGAGAUUUGCGACCUAACGGCCGACUUCAACGUCACUGUUGGCUCCAUGGUUGCUCAGCAGGUCCAGGGAGAUUACCUUGCUAGUAUACUGAAGGCCGGGAGAUCGGAGACCUUUGGGUUUACCCUUGUCCCGGCCCGCGCGUUGACGCUCUACAUCCGGCAGGUCUGGAUUGAUUCGCUCCUGCGCGUGGAUGGGCGCCGCUGGAACGAGCUGCGGCGCUGCCACGCCGAGGUGCGCACGCAAGCCGCCGCCGACGGUUCCAGCUACCUCGAGAUGGGCAACACCAAGGUCAUGUGCGUGCUGACGGGACCGAGCGAGGUGGGCCAGAGCCGCGCACGAAUGGCGGGCGGUGGCGGCGGUGGUGGAGGUGGCGGUGGUGGUGAUGCCAAGGACGCCGAGGUGAUUGUGAACAUUGUGGUGGCCGGGUUCAGCUCGGUGAACCGGCAGCGGCGAAGCCGGCAAGACAAACGGACCCAGGAGAUGGCGGCGACGAUCUCGCGGACGCUGGCGGCUGUUCUGCACACGCACCUGUAUCCGCGCAGUACCAUCACGAUCAGCCUGCACGUCCUCAGCCAGGACGGCUCGCUGCUGGCGGCGCUGAUCAACGCGGCCACGCUGGCGGCCGUCGACGCCGGCAUCCCCAUGGCCGACUACGUCGUGGCCUGCUCGGCCGGCAGCUCGUCCAGCUACGCGGCUGCCGACGACGCGGCUGAUCCGCUGCUCGACCUCAAUCUGCAGGAGGAGCAGGAGCUGCCCGGCCUGACCGUUGCUACCCUCGGCGCCUCCGACCGUGUUGCCGCCCUCGUGUGCGAGAGCCGCGUCCAGGCCGGCCGCCUCGAGGGCAUGCUCGCCGUCGCCGUCGAUGGCUGUAAGCAGGUUCGUGCCAUCCUCGACAAAGUCGUUCGUGAAGCCGGCGCUCGCUUCGUCCUGCAGGAUGACGCGACUGCCGGUGGUGGCGGCAGCGGGGACGACGAAGACGAGGAGGCCUCCGCCAUGGAGAUCGACAACUAA